AUCAUUAUAUUCCAACAUAUUGCUCACCAUUUUUUUUGUUUUGUUUUCAUCAUCAUCAUAAUUCUUCACCACUUGAAUAAUAUUUGGGUUGGCAUUUUUUUUUCUUAUUGAUUGUGUCACUUGUCAAGUAUGUGUGUGUGUGUAAGCCAAGAAGCUAUUCACCCCUUUGAUAAUCAGGUUCGAACAUUCAUCAUAUAAUAUUGACCUCCAGCGCAUCAAACAUCAAUCACCCUUCCUUCUAAUCAUUAUUGUCAUUAUUUCGUCAUAAGAUUGCAAUCAUUGUACAUCAAUUAUAUUUUUUUUGUUUCUAUUGAAUGAAAAUCUGGCCAGAAAAAAAACUAUUUCAUAAUCAUCAUUUGAUAAUAUGCCAGCAAACGAAAUUUUUUGUAUGAAUUCGAAUCCAUUGUUUGUUUGUUGCUUCCAGCUUUUAUUGAUCCAAAUUCAUUUAAUUUGUGCAUUGUGUGUGUGUGUGUGUGUGUGGUGCAAUUUCAUCUUCAACAUCUAAUGAGUCAUUUUUAUUAUCGCCAAUGUUGAAAUUUGGAAUGAUUUAUUAGUUUGUUUUGCUCUGCUCUGCUGUGUUUAUUCUGUCCAACAAUUAUCAUCAUUAUCAUCAUCAUCAUCAUCGACAUUGAUUAAGAGGAUCAUCAGAUUCAAUUAUAAUCGAUAAUAUGUAUUUGAUGAUCGACCAAACAACAGACGACAAAUGUAUAAUGAUUAUUGGCAACAACAGCGACAAAAACAAUGACAACAUAUGUCCAAUGUGAAUAAUUUAUUGAUUGCAAGUCAUUUUCAUCAUCAUCAUCAUCAGCAUCAUUAUUGGAAAUAAUUCUAUUGUGAAUCAAAUAUAGUGAAAUCUCAAAUGCGAAAUAUAAUGAUGGCGUCAAUAGCACGUCGAGUUGCUACAUCAUCGUUAUGUGGCCUAUCGGCAUCAUCAUCAUCAUCAUCAUCAUCACCAUCAAAUACUAAUAAUAAUAAUAAUAAAGGUUCAGCUAAUAAAAGUGGACGAAAUAAUAAUAACCGUGGACAUAGACAUCAUGGUAAUAGUAGUAGUCAUGGUCAUGGCCAUGGUCAACCAACAACAUCUACUGGUUCAUCAUCAUCUACCGGUGUAUCAUCUUCAGGUUCAUCAUCAACAAAUACAGCAACAAUGAUGAUGAUGAUGAUGGGAAAUUCAAAUUCAAAUUCAAAUUCAUCGCCACCACCAACAACAUCAUCAUCAUCAACGACAACAUCGACAUCGAAUCGUGCAGAAAAGGUCAAAUUUGGUAUUCCACUUGUAGAUGUUUGUAGUGUUCAUAAUGAUUUACCUAGUCUUUUAUUGAUGAUGAUAUUGAAAUUGAAUAAAGAAGCUCCACAUAAAAAAGAUAUCUUCCGUGCACCAGGUAAUCAGGCAAAUAUGAGAAAAUUGAUACAAUUUUUACAGAAUGGACGUCUAGUAAAUCUGGAACAAUUUUCCGUACAUACGAUAGCAUCAGUGUUGAAAAAAUUUCUACGUAAACUGCCCAAUGGUAUUUUUGGCCAACAGAAUGAACGAUUAUUAUUCGAUGUAAUUGGUGCACCAACUGAAUCAGAGGAAAAAUAUUUAGAAAUUCAAAGGAUAAUUUUUUCAUUACCAAUCGUUACACAACAUUUACUUGUAUUAUUAUUCGGCACAUUUCGUUUGAUUGUCGAUUCACGACAAUCAUCAAUGACUAGUGAAUCAUUAAGCAUAUCGGUUGCACCAAGUUUUUUUCAUUCCUGUAUACCGGAUGGAAAUAAAUUUGCCAAACUUGAAGACGUCCAAAGAUUCAAGAUCGCAUCAUCCAUCAUGAAAUUUAUAAUUGAUAAUUUUGGCAUCUAUAAUCUAUUUGGCCAAGAAAAUUAUGGCUAUUAUUCACGUAUGACUGGCAAAAUUAUCAACGUUGAAGAGAAUUGGACAUUUACGUUUCGAUAUCCACCGAAAAAUCUAGUGCCUACAGAAAUGAAACCAAUACGUGAAUGUACUAGCUCACCAAUGAUGUGUUCAUCAACGAAUAAUAAUAUCCAUUUACAUCAAACUAAUCAAUCACCAGUUAUGAUGGAUUCAUCAAAUUAUAGUGACAAUAAUGAACAACAACCAAUAAGAUCUCAAAGUGUUGAAAAUGAUCCAUUACGGAUUACUGGUACGGUGACAAUGAUGACAAUGAUCAAUGCACAUGAACAACAUCAGCAGCAACAAUUACAACGUCAUUCUGAUCAUUGUGAACAGCCAAUGGACAAUCUUAAAAAUGUUAAUCAAUAUGCUGAAAGUACAAAAUCAUUAACAUUUUUACCAAUAGUUCAUGAACGGCAAACACAACGUAUGAAAACACGUUCUGAAUGGUUUCUUAAAUCUAGAGGUGAAAAUUGUCAAUCAAAUCAUUCGAAUGUUGCGAAUAUUCGAUCUCAGAAUCCAUCAUCAUCAUCAUCAUCAUCAUCAAAUGCAACAACAACGAAAGGUUUGAUCAAAAAAUCAUCAUCGAAAGAGAAACGUGAAAAAGUAUUAUUACGACGAACAUCAUCGAAAAAAUCGGAAAAACCUUGCUGUAAUAAUAAUAAUAAUAAUAAUAAUAACAACAAUGUACAGAAUGAAUCAAAUGCUGCCGUUAAUAAUUCUCAAAAAUCAACGAAAAAAAUUAACGAUUCUGAUUGUACUGAACGUUCCAUACGACAAACAACGAUGAAAUAUACGUAUAAACCGGCCAAAACAACAACAACAACGACGACAACGAUAACAAAAACCUAGCUAGUUUCUUAUUAUAUCCAUCGCAA